AUGGCGAAGAAGACAGCUCAAACUGAUCCUGAGUCCGCCACGACUCAGGUCAACAUCGCUGAUUUCCAACGCACACGCGAUUCGGUCAUCGUUGCACUUGCAACCCUUCAGUCUAGCGUGCAAGACCUCUCCCGCGCCUACAUCCAGCAUGCCAACACCGUUCUUGCGCCAGGAAAGCAUGGCCUUACCCCCAUCGAUGCAAACCUGACCAGCAUUCUAACCGAGUCCGGCCUUUUGACUGGUCGACCCGGUGAACCUGGUGCAGCUCCAGUCGAGGAGACCACCGAUGGCAAGAAGAAGCGCAAGAGGACUCCUCAUGACCCCAACGCCCCAAAGCGUGCCCUGACCCCAUACUUCUUGUACAUGCAAAGUGCUCGUGCCACCAUUGCCAAAGAGUUGGGAGAUUCUGCCAAACCCAAGGAGGUUGCCGAUGAGGGUACUCGAAGAUGGACUGAGAUGAGCCCUGCUGAGAAGAGUGUCUGGGAUGACAAGUAUCAAAAGAACUUGGCUGCGUACCGUGUCAAGAUGGCCGCCUACAAGGCCGGUCAACCCGUUCCAGGUGAUGACGAAGCCGCAAAGCUUGUGGAGGCCGGUAAGGCUCCUGACCACAUCGCCAUCGAUGGAGAAGCAGAGACAGAGGAUGAGCCUGUUGCAGCUGAAACAUCCGAUGAGUCAUCUCCAGAGCCCGUCAAGGAGCCCACACCACCAAAGUCCAAGCGCCGCAAGACCAAGGAUGCUACGCCUAGCAAGCCAACACCAAAACCCGAAGCAAAGUCACCGGAGAAGAAGACUAAGAAGGGUAAGAAGGAGUCAUCCCCAGCACCGGUUUCAGCCUCCAAGGCCGACAAGACUAAGAGAAAGUCGAAAAAAUGA